AUGAGCAAGGUGAUGAACAUGUCGGAACAACAGCAAUGGCGUCGGCUACAGUUUACGACGACCAAGGCUUCCGCCGGCCGCGGUUCGCGGUUCGCUGACGAGCGCUUUCUUCCGCACGGACGAUCAGAGAUCAAGAAGGCACAAAGCGAGGCCCGGUUUGACCGUGAGCCGCGCAGAGGGCUGCGUUUGUUGACAUCGAGCCAUGGUUCCGCGAUCUACGCGAACCCGCAAGAACCGCCUCGAGACAAACGCCACCGGCGCCGUGAAAGUGCCCCGCCGACGGUGGGCCAGAAUCAGGAUGUGGCCUAUCUGGAAGCGUUGGCCAAAUUUAACGAGUGGAGGGCUCAGCAGCGCAACAGUGACAUCGACCCGGGGGUGCCGCUUAACGUGGCCAACGGUGGCAGUGGGUGCCCGCCGGUGCCCCGACCGUCGCUAGCGCACCGCACGAUCAAGGAGGAAGGAUCCGGUGACGAUAGUGACUGCGAGUGUGACUUCAGUUCCGACAUCGAACUGGCGGCGGAUGAGCGGAUGCCGCUGAGCCGUACUAUCAGCAACUGCACCCGCCUGGAGGUGCCCAAAUCGCCCCGCUACGCCCGCCAUCACCGUACGUCGACGGUGGCCCCAGUGGCCCUCGCAACGCCACCAUUCGACGCGGUUGCGCCAAAGAAACCGCAGCGAUCGGUCGAGUUUUACCGCAACAUCACGCGCAUCCCGGUGGACACGCAGCAGGAACACUGGAACAACACGCCGGUGGAAAAGAAUCACUCGUCGGUCGAUGUCCGCUUUUCGCUGCCCAUCUCCGGUGCGGCCGAUCGAAGCAAGCCACGGAAGCGCUCGAAAGGGGCCACCUGCUUCCCGAAGCCCAACAACACGAUCCACGAGAACGAGGUGGCCGAGUUUGAGGCGCACCAUCUGAACGGCACCGGGAUCGGAACGGAUUCGUUCGGGCAGCCAAGUCCACCGCGCCGGUUCUACAAGGACAACUCCAGCCCGUACAGCAACGUGACCCCGAAGAAGCAGAGCAACCUGAAGCCACGCGCCGGUGGUCGCCUGUUUAAGGACAAGCCCGCUCCGCAGCCACCGAGUGUGGGGCGCGCGCAAAGCAUGAAGCAAAGUACCACGGUCGACCGACCGACACCGUCGAGCUGCCCGGCUAAACACCCAGCAGCGGCACGGCCGUACAGUGGUUCCGAUUCACCGCUGACCGGGUCGUACCGGAACUACGAACUAAACUCGUCGUCGCUCUACGACGAGAACGUGAUCUCGUCCCGCGCUUACCGUGGAUCGAUGAAGGAACCGGUCCCGACGCCACCGAAGCACCACCGGAAGUCGCUAUCCUAUCAGACGGUCGUGAACAAACACGGCGAUCUGGUGGACUAUGCGCUCCCGUUCAGUGACAAUGCCGACACGACGGGUGAAACGGCACCACCGGAGAUGGCCAGCAGGCCGGGCCAGGAGACGCUGGCCGAGAUCCGGCAGUGUGAGCAGUUGAUCAACGACAACUUCCAUUUCCUGCAGACCAGCGCGGAACUGCAGGACGAUUCGACGAGCAUCAUCCUGGAGCCGAUCAGCGUGCUGAAGGGCCGGUCGGCGCGCAUCGUCACCGAUCUGGACCGAUCGGCGGGUGCCAGCACGCUGAAGGAGGCCGACCCGGCCGAAGAGCAGGACGCCCCGGAUCGAUCGCCGAUCCUGGCCCCAGAGCUGGGCUCGCUACGGGAGGAACCGGAGGCGGACAUACUGUUCGAGCUGGAUUCGCUGCAAAAGUGGAGCAAAAGCAUCCAGCAAUCGGACGAGCUGCUGCAGACGCGCUACACUGACCGGAACCUGCUCGAGUGCUUUCGGCGCAGCGCCGGCGGCAAUCUGGUGACGUGCUUCCCGAACGAGGUACGCUACCGGGUGGGCAGCCUACGGGCAGCGACGGCCGGACCGCUCGAGUUUUCCUGCGGCCUGUUCCGCGGGGUGGCCGUCACGCUGCGCAAAUACUCGCUAAACGUCGAGCGCAGCCUGUACUUCGCGGAGGAAGCGUGCAAGCGAGACUUUGAGGUCCUUUCGCAGGUCCGCCACCCCACCGUGGCCACCCUGAUGGCGGUCUCGUACGAUGCGGCCCUCAACCAGGCGACCCUGCUACUGGAACCGUUCGAUUUUACGCUCUUCGAUUACAUCCACCGAAUGAACAAACGACUGUCGCUGAUCCACGCGAUCACCGUCGUGCAGCAGAUUGCGUCGGCCGUGUGCUACCUGCAGGAGUGUGGCUACGUCCACUCGAACAUCUCCAGCGGGGCCGUGCUGAUGCGGCGCUAUCCGUACACCGUGAAGCUGACCUCGUUCGAGCUGACGACGGAAUCGGCCACGGAGGAGGUGCGGCGAGAGAUCGAGCAGCGGUACGGCAGCACGUCGUCGUCCCGCAACUCGAUGACGUCAUCGCAGAACGAGGAGCUCAAGAAGUUUACCACCUACUCGCGCUACGUCAAGAUCGACGAACAGUUUCUGCGCGACAAGUACCGCAAGCUGUCACGGGAGAUCUGUGAGACACGCACGAGACGCGGUCGCAGCGGAGGGUUGCCGGGGCUGGGCGAUACGGGCGAUGCUAGCCGGGCGGCCAGUCGCUUCUUGCCGUACUGCAAGGAGUACCGGGAGAAGUUUUCGCUCUUCUACUACGUGGCGCCGGAGCUGUUGGUGCCGAAAUCGAGCUUCGUCUACCCGAACCGCAGCACGGACGUGUACGCGAUCGCGCUCCUGCUCUGGGAGAUCCUGAACGGGUACGUCCCAUUCGUGGUGUACAGCCGGGCGGAGCUCGAGAAGCUGCACACUUCGGCCGAUCUGCCGCUGCCCAUGUUCGAGCGGGAGCGGUGCGAACGCUUCCGGCAGAUCUUCGAGGGAAGCCUGGGCGAUAUGGGAGCGCGCAAGAUGAGCGUCGGCGACGUGGUCGAUCUGCUGGACUGUGUGCUGCUCGAGCUGGGCACGGAGAAGAACGGCGCGUACGAUUCGGUGCUGGCGGAGGAUUACGAAGAGCGGGCCAACUCGUCGGAGGUGCGGCUCAAGAACGAGCUGAACGAUGUCCGCAAACUGUCGGCCCACGUGGUGAAGACGGCCAAGACAUACUUUCCGGUUGACGACGGCGGCGAGCUGCACGACGCGGCCAAACCGAAACAGUCCCCGCAGUCGGUGGAGCCACUGCCAAAGAAGCCCGCCCGAAAGAUCAACCGACUGCGGGAAGUGACCGGAACGGAAGGGCCGGAGCCGAUGGAACCGAGGCAAACGCCGCGGCCAGUCGAGAAGAAAUCGCCCGCCUUCAACCUGUCGAACUCGGGCAUUUAUCAAUCGAUUUUCGAUUUCAACCACAAAUUCCUGUCGCCCAAAUCGGCCAAACAGGCGGUCUACGAUCGGACCAGCACGGUGAAGAAGCACAAGAAGCCGCCGCGUACCAACAAAAAUUCGGCGAAGGAGCUGUUCGAGGGAACCGAUCCGCUGAACAAGAGCUUCACCGAGGCCACCGACGGGCCGACGGACGAUGGUGGUUUGCUGGAGAUUCGACAACUCGACCAGAGCGUACGCAAGGAGCCGAGCGUACUCAAGGACACUCCGCCGGCAAGCGACUCGGACGAUGUCGGACGGACGCCAGUUGCGCACGGUGCGGGGCAUCCUUCGAAAUCGUGUGACAGUUCACCGGGCGCCCGGCGACGUAGCGUGACCCCCCGGAUGCUGAACAACUCGUUCCGCUUCACGAUCGGUGACUUCACGCUCCCGGACACACCGAUCGCCCGGAAGAACCGCAUCCGCAAGCACGCCUGGCUGUCGGAUCAGAAGCUGAAGAUGACGGACGAGUCGCUGCCCGUCACGCCCGAGGAGGAGUGCCGCAGCAAGUCGUUCUUCAAUGCGGGACUGGCGGGCCGCAGUAGCAGCUCCUUCCUAACGUCGACCAACCUGAACAGCUCGACCUCACUGCAGGACAUCAAACCGAAGCGGAUCAACAUCAGUGUGAACAUUUACAAGUCUCCCGAGCAGCAGAACGGGACACCGAGCGGUGGCCUGUUUGAGAGCACCCUCUGGCGGAAGGAGAAAAUCAUCUGCGAACGAAGCCAGCUACCGGUGCCGGCUACCGACGACCAACCGGAAAAGGGCCCCCAAAGUGAGGAUCGACCGGAAGAGCCACGAACGGAGGAACUCGCGCUCGAUGACUCGAUGGGCAUCGUUACGGCUCACCUGACCUCGGUGCGGGAUGCGAUCAAAAAGAUUGAGACAACGUUCGAAAAGCACGGCUUCGAUUACAGCCCCGUGCGGAAGGUGGACUCCGUGGGGCGGACAGAACGGGGCGGCCGCACAUCCGCUGCGCUGGAUGAGUCGCUCGUUGUGGAAGAGAAUCUGCUCGUACCGACGAAGGUGCUGGAGCUGGAAAAGACACUCGAAGCGGAACAAGCGGCCGCCGAGGCGCAGGACGGAUCGCCAGCACCACCACCGAUUCCGGUGUCGUCACCGCCUUCACUACGAUCAGGACGGGACGAAUCGCUAGAGGGUUCGGCUCAACCGGAAAACGCUACAGAACCGGCACCGGCACCGGUAGAACCGAGGGAAACACACCGAGCAAUGGGCGGUAAAGUGGGACCCACCAGUAUUCCGAUCACUUUCGCGCCCAACUCGCAGCUGUAUAUGCGACGGAAGGCACUCAACACGGCGACCAACAGUGUGGCCACCAUACACCACCACCAGCAAACGCUCUACCGGGAAAGUAUCAUAUCAAGCACGGAGCACAGCCUGCCGGCGCCGCUCGUCGCUGAACCCUUUCCGAUCGGUGCUGCUGCGACGGGUGGUUCGUCCGGAAGCGCCCGCAAGAAGAAGCUCACGACCCGGGUCACGGUGAAUAUGAGAAAGAUUUCGCGCCGAGCAUCGGACAUCAGUCCGGGGUCGUCGCGUCCGAAUUCGGCCAACCUGGACGAUCUGGAUCUGCCGUCGUCCGGGUGCAUCACACCGACCGGUUCGCUGAAGAGCUGUGCGGCGAACCUGCGCCACUCCUGUGGCAACGAGCUGUUGCGUGCCUUUUCGAAGCUUCGCCUGAUGCCGCCAGAAGCGGGCGAAACGGGUGUCUCGAAACUACACGGCGCGACUACGACAGCCGACUCUAGCCGCUCGGUGACACCGGUCGGGGGAGUGAUCGGCCAACAACAACAACCACCAGCCGGGGCUGCUGGCCGUCCGACGGAACGUUUCGUUUGCUGCCAGUGCGGCAACUCGAUGAUGCCGGUAGAAGGAUUCAAUGUUCCCACCGGAAGCCGUAUCGGGAUGGCGGCCGCUUUUGGCGAGCUGAACUUCCCGCGCGAAAGCUUUGCGUCCAUGUUUGAGCCGCCGCUGACGCCGACAUCGGCCACCGCUUUGGCCAGCCGUAUCCACGCGAUGACUCCAUUUCAGAAAUCAACCGAGGAUCUCUACAUCGACGAUGACUUUUGUCAGGGGCUGAAUCAGAUGGGCGCCAACAUGGAGCUGGUAGAGCCGCUGGACGAGGAGCAGUAUCUAGACACCUUCGGCUACGACAUUUACUCAACCGAGAUCUACCACGCCGAAGAGGAGGAGGAGGAGGAAGAAGAGAACGGUGGCGAGCUAGAUCCUCGCGAUCACUGCGCAGCAGCCACGCCACUGACCAGCGUCGAACAUGCCCACGAUGAAGCAAUGUUUCUCGAAAAAUGUACGCAACUCAACUCGGAAAGCCUUAAGGCGGAAUUCGCCACGGUGUUGUCCCCGACGGACUGUGCGCCUCCAUCGCUUCCAUAG